UUUGUCUUCUCGUUUUUCCAACGCGGUAACGUUCAAGCAUGGCGGCUUAGUUGGUCGAACAGCAGAGCUUGCUUCCCUUCUCUGUUGCUAUAAAUAUCACAGAAUUCGGAUAAUUUUCAACGGAGAAGAGAGCACCCAUCUCGAUUUUUCUUUAUAGUUUGGAAGCAAGUUCAGAGAUCAAGCCAUAACGGCACUCAGUUGUUUCCAUGGGAUCUACUGUUUCAUCUGUGCUUAAAAGAAGUGAUUCCUUCUCAGAUGACGAUGAAUCUGUGAAAAGUACAACUUCUUCUCAGAGAACAGAAGCUGAGUGUACCUCCGAAAAUGGAUGCCUUUCAAUUGUUGUUCUUGGUGCAUCAGGAGAUCUAGCAAAGAAAAAGACAUUUCCAGCUCUUUUCAAUCUUUUCAAGCAGGGGUUUAUACAAGAAAAUGAAGUUCAAAUUUUUGGAUACGCAAGGACAAAGCUUUCAGAUGAUGAGUUAAGAAAUCGGAUACGCGGACACCUUAAAAGUGGCAAUGUAGAGUCAUCAGAGUUCUCGAACAUCGUAACAAAGUUUUUGAAAAUGAUCAAAUAUGUCUCUGGUUCGUAUGAUGAUAAGGCAGGCUUUGUUCUUUUAGAUGAGAAAAUAUCUGAGCAUGAAGCUCGAAGGGGUAGUCAUGAAGGGUCUUCUAGGAGGCUAUUUUAUCUUGCACUUCCACCGUCAGUGUAUCCACCUGUCUGCGAAAUGAUUCAGCACUUUUGCAUGAAUAAAUCUGAUCAGGGUGGUUGGACUAGGGUGGUUGUGGAGAAGCCUUUUGGAAAAGACUUGGCCAGUUCAGAGGAAUUAAGUUCCCAACUAGGAGAACUCUUUGAUGAGAAACAGCUCUAUCGUAUUGAUCACUACUUGGGAAAGGAGUUGGUGCAGAAUCUGUUGGUCCUUCGUUUUGCUAAUCGUCUAUUUUUACCACUCUGGAAUCGUGAUAACAUAGACAACAUACAGAUUGUUUUCAGAGAGGAUUUUGGAACUGAAGGACGUGGUGGAUAUUUUGAUGAAUAUGGAAUUAUUCGCGACAUCAUUCAAAAUCAUUUACUGCAGGUCCUUUGUUUAGUUGCAAUGGAAAAGCCAAUAUCUCUUAGUCCUGAGAAUAUUCGAGAUGAGAAAGUGAAGGUUCUUCAUUCAGUCUUGCCCAUUGAAGAUGAAGAUGUUGUUCUUGGACAGUACGAGGGAUACAAAGAUGAUCCAACUGUUUCAAAAAAUUCUAAUACUCCCACUUUUGCAACUGUCGUUCUCCGGGUACAAAAUGAAAGAUGGGAAGGUGUACCUUUUAUUCUCAAGGCAGGAAAAGCACUGAACUCAAGGAAAGCAGAAAUCAGGAUUCAAUUCAAGGAUGUUCCUGGUGACAUAUUCAGAAGUAAAAAGCAAGGCAGAAAUGAGUUUGUUAUCCGACUACAACCUUCUGAGGCCAUGUACAUGAAAUUAACAGUUAAGCGACCGGGACUGGAAAUGUCAACUGUCCUAAGUGAGAUGGACUUGUCAUACAAGCAACGAUAUCAAGAGGUUCCAAUUCCUGAAGCAUAUGAAAGGCUAAUAUUGGACACAAUAAGAGGCGACCAGCAGCAUUUUGUACGCAGGGAUGAAUUGAAGGCUGCCUGGGAGAUAUUUACUCCUCUGUUACAUAGAAUUGACGAUGGAGAGUUGAAGCCAAUUCCUUACAAAGUCGGAAGUCGAGGUCCAGAUGAAGCAGAUAAACUACUUGCAAAGGCUGGUUAUGUGCAAACUCACGGCUAUGUUUGGGCGCCACCUACUCAGUGACAAGCGCUGCAUAGUGUAAAACCGGGAACUCAUCCGUACCGGUUCUAUUUGUAUGAUCAGUUUAUUGGUUCAUGAGAGUGAGAUUGCUGCGUCGAAAUCUAGUGUCUGUUUUUGUUUCAACUCAUGCAAUAAAAUAAAUUGCAAGGGAAAGGAUAAUGUGACAAAUAAAGUUCAAUGAUUAUGAAUGUUGAUUUCUCUUUGCACC